AUGACAGAUCCCACGCAAGGAUCGCUGGAUCGACCGAACCUCCUCGGUACCGGGCUCAUCGAGUUUUCAGCUGGUAGCUACAGCCCACACAUCGCUGCCAAGGAAUGGACCCUGGAGUCGCCAGAUUACCGGAGCAUCUGGGUACAUGUGACCGACUUCGAGAAGCUGCCUGAGCUCCCGAAAGAGGAGAAAGAGACUACAGAAGCUCCAUCGCUCCAGGCGGGUGAAGUUGCGACAGAUAUCAUCCAUGUGGUCGAGACCGUAAUCGAGCCUUCCAAUACCCCGCCGCCACCACCUCCGCAGAUAAAUCCACAUUCAGAGGAUACGCCUAUGAGCGACCCUGAUGAGCCCGCUGUUGCACCUUCAGAACAACGCAACGAUACCGCUAUGCUGGAAGUGGAGUCGACUCCAACCGUCGAUCCACCAGAUGUUGAUGUAGUAAUCCCAGGCGCCGGCCCUAGUGACACCGAGAUGGGUGGCACACAAGAGGAUCUGCUACCACCACCCCCGCCUCCCCCGGUUGAUACACCUGCAGAACCUCUACAACCACCCCCACCAGUGCGCAACCCCACUCCUGAGCCACCUCCAGAUGAGAUUUACUUCUUUCUCAAAUUCUGGAACGCGGAAAAGCAAGCCUUAGAAGCUCGUGGAUCGCAUACUACACUUAAGUCUGCUAGAUUGGAUGACACGAUCGUGGCAUUGCUUGAGAUUCCAACGGAAGACAAGAAGAAGAUGGAGAUGUGGGAGGAGGACGAGCUGACUAACACGCGAUCACUGAAGCAUCGCCGUACCUUUGCGCAAGUGGAUCUACACAACGCGUGUGUCAUCAUCGUUUCGUUACCGCUCUCGGCUGAGAAGCGCAACGAACUCGCCGCUCGCGCUGCCCUUGCAGACCCACAAAGCUACCUCCAGUUGCGCGCUUUCGCUCGCAACUUCCCACACAAGUUACAAGGCCACUUUACCUACGACUAUUUUUCGAGCGAGUACUACAAGGGCGAAGUUGUGAACGGCUACCCCCACGGUCAUGGUACUAGAAUCUACCACUCUGGCGCUACAUAUAGCGGCUCCUUCCGCCUAGGCCAACGCUACGGCCAUGGUCUAUACACCUUCCAGAACGGCGACACUUACGAUGGUGACUGGGUCGACAACCAGCAGCACGGCACCGGAACCUACGUCGAGGCUGCCAGUGGCAACACAUAUGUAGGCGGGUGGCAGAACGACAAAAAGUUCGGCGAGGGCGUUACGCACUGGAAGAACGCACAAGAGUCGGAGAAACUCUGCAGGAUUUGCUGGGAAGGUGACGCCGAAGCUGCUUUCUAUGACUGCGGCCAUGUGGUUGCUUGUCUGCCGUGCGCACGGGAAGUGCAGACUUGCCCCGUCUGCAGGAAGCGGGUCUUGAGCUCUAUCAAGUUGUACUAUGCGGCCUAG